UCCUCCCCAGUCAAAAAUACUAGACAUUAAGAAGAGCAUACAGAGCAUACUUCAGAAGGAGAAAGAGAAGAAAAAUAGAGUUUUUACCGAUGAUUUAUUGGAAUUUUCGGUGAAGAAGUCUUAAUUGCAGACGAAAAGAGGAGAGAAUAUAUUAUGAAGAAAGAUUAUAUUUUAAAAGUGUUAUUUCCUAGGAUGAAGCUGCAAGGGGAUUUAGAAAGAGAUGAAUAUGCAGAGAUGAGAGUUUUGGAAAAAUUCAGAAAGUCGGUUGAUAAGUUAGAAAAGUUUAAUGAGGUCUUAAAACCAAAAGUCCGAUUUAAACUCCAAAAGAAGCAGAAAUAAAAACCUCCUAAACACAAAACGAUUGGCAAAACAAAUGAAACCUUUUUCUAAAAGUAUGGCUACUCUACCAAAAAUUAACUCGAGAACUGAGACUAAAAUCCCAAAUCUAAAGCUAGGAAAUAAAGCUGAGAUCCUGAAAUGUUUAGACGAGUUGACUAAGCCAAUCCGUAGUAGGACAGGAAGAUAUAUGAAAUAUUCAUCAACGUAAAAAGUAAUUCUAGUAGUAAACCUUCUCUUUCAU